CGCCCUUUAAAUUUUCGUGAAUUUAUAAAAGUUGUAUUUUCUGCAAAUAUUGUAAAAACGAGGUCUUUUCAGUCAAUUAAAAGAACUUAAAAUAUGUCCUUUACACUCUCUUAAUAUAAUUAUGGCAUUUGACGUGUGAGAGAUCGCUCAUUUUGAACUUCAUUUAUUUCAGUUUUUAAAACGUUCACAUGGACUCAUUCUGAUCAGAGACCUAGCCUAGAUCUCAUUAUCGGUUGUUUCCUGUUAUUUUAAUACUGACAUUUUCAUUGCAUUAACAAAGAGAUAUAGGACAUUUAUUUUAGAAUGACCUCACUUGCGUGCAGUAAGUUUUUCAGCCGGAGAAGUUUUGUUUGUCUCCAAGGACUGUAUCGGUCAUUUAGCAAGGAUGGAACUAUCUCAGUAUCUCAGUCAGACUCUAAGAAAAUUCAAGAUUUACUCGAAGAAGCAAAGUCAAAACCAGAUUCAUCAGAAAAUGAUCACGAGUAUCCAUCAGAUGUCAAAGAUGCUCAACAGUUCAAAACUUAUGAUAAAUGGAAGGAAAGUGUCGAGCACCAGGAUAUAUCAGCACGUAAAACUAACCCAAGGGAAACUUCAAUAAUAUUAUUCCCAGGUCAAGGCAGUCAGUUUGUUGGAAUGGGACAACAUUUAAUUCACUACCCUAAUGUUAUGGAAAUGUUUGACGUAGCUAAUGAAAUCCUUGGAUAUGACCUUCUGAAGGUCUGCCUAAAUGGACCUAAACAAGAACUUGAUAAAACAAUACAUUGCCAACCUGCACUGUUUGUGACGUCACUAGCAGCUGUUGAGAAACUAAAAGAUGACCAUCCAGAGGCCAUUGAGAACUGUGUUGGAACAGCAGGGUUCAGUGUUGGAGAGUAUGCUGCACUAGCCAUUGAGAACUCUGUUGGAACAGCAGGGUUCAGUGUUGGAGAGUAUGCUGCACUAGUGUUUGCUGGAGUUCUUUCUUUUGAAGAUGCUCUAGAGAUCAUCAAAGUACGAGCAAGUGCAAUGCAGGAAGCAUCACUAGAGACACCUAGUGGUUUGAUGUCUGUCUUCGUAGGUGCCGACUCCAAGCUAAAGUUUGCCAUGAAGACUGCAAGGGAGUAUAUAAAGGAGUUUCAUGAUGUACAAGACCCCGUGUGUUCUAUUGCUAACUACCUUUACUCCAAUUGUAAAGUGAUAGGAGGUCAUCAACAAGCUCUCGAUUGGUUAAAAAAGGACUCUGUUCGUAAAGAUUUCAGUCUUCGUCGUCUCAAACCUCUUCCAGUCAGUGGUGCCUUUCACACAAAUCUCAUGCGGCCAGCAAAAGAACCACUUCAAAAAGCAAUUCAAAAGGUCCAUUUCGAAGAACCUCUCGUUAAUGUGUACUCAAACGUUACUGGGAAACGAUACCCUAAACCAGCAGUGAUUAAGAAAAGCUUAGUGGAUCAGAUUGUUAAACCUGUACUCUGGGAGCAGACAUUACAUUAUAUGUAUGCUAGAGAUGUAAAACAAGAGUUUCCUGAUACUUAUGAGGUUGGUCCGGGAAAACAACUAGGGACUGUAUUAAAAGUUGUGAAUGGUAAAGCACAUACGAGAUAUCAUGCAAUUAGUGUUUAAUGCUUUCAAGACAAGGCACAAUCAGGAAUUUCUUGAGGUAAAAGAAUAUUCUUCAAAGCAGCUUGAUUGGUGUGGAAAAGCAAUGAACUCUUGAAAAUUAAAAUGAUGGA